CAUAAAACUAAACAGCAGCAGCAGCAGCCACCCAUGACCCUCCUCCUCCCUCUCUCCCUCCUUCCCUCUCUCUCUCCCCGACUCACCGCGCCACUACCCUCCCCCCUCUCUACCGCCCUGCAAAGCUGACAACAUCACCCCACAACACUCCCUCCUCCAUCCCGCUCGCUCAGUGCAGUUGACAGCUGCACGCACCACCUCUCUCUCUCUCUCUCUCUCUCUCUCUCUCUCUCUCGUCCACCACACCACCCACUCUUUUGCCCAGCACAGCAACCACCUCUCUCUCAGGUUCUAGCGAUUCAAUACUUACCCCAUAACUUAUGACAUAUUGCACACAACAGGUCUAUUCUCAGCUGAGCAGAAAAGUUCUAGGCACAAAUGCAAUAUCUCAAGUAUCAUGCUUGAGAUGGAUCACCUGGUGGAAGUGUUUAUGAAUGUGUUAUAGGUGAGCUUCAAGAGAUAACAACUUUAAUGAGAUGGGUGGGCAGUGUGCACACUUCGGGACACGAGUAAUGAGGAGUAGUAAACUAUUGACCCACUUCACCUCUAAUUCCAGAUCCUUUUCCACUGCAUCAUUUGCUGGCUUGACCAGCACCAGCACCACUCCCUCUGCUAAUAACCACACAGACCCCGCAAAAGAUGAUGACCAACAACAGCCAUUACAAUCACACAAGAUAGUUGAUACCUUAUACAACCUUAAGAAUCAGCCUCACCUUGCUUUCUCCAUCUUUUCCCACCUAAAAAACCCCGACAUCCCCGCCUAUGCUGCCAUCAUUCGAAUCCUUUGUCAUUGGGGUCUCCACAAGAUGCUCCACUCCAUUUUCCUUCAUCUUCACCAAAAUAACAACGACUUUACUUCUUUCGAUAUUUCCCAUUUGCUUGACAUGCUUUCUCUCCCUCAUCAUAUUGACAUUGAUCUUGAAAAGGAGGACACUGUGAAGCAUCGCUCUUCUUUCUUGAUCCAAGUCUAUGAUGCCUUGGUCAAGUCCUAUGUCACUGCAGGCAUGCUUGAUGAGGCUAUCAAUGCUUUGUUUCAGAUCAAAAGGCGCGGAUUCCUGCCCCAUAUUUUCACCUUUAACUAUCUCAUGAACAAAUUGAUUGCAAAUGGUAAAGUGGAUGCGGCUUUGGCCAUUUACAAGCAGUUGAAGAGUUUGGGUUUGAACCCCAAUGACUACACCUAUUCCAUCAUCAUAAAGGCCUUUUGCAGAAAGGGCAGUUUAGUGGAGGCCUCGAAUGUCUUUCAGGAGAUGGAACUUUGUGGGGUCAUUCCUAAUGCUUAUGCUUACACAACUUAUAUUGAAGGACUCUGUGCAAAUCAGAGGUCAGACUUCGGAUAUCAGGUGCUUCAAGCGUGGAAAGAAGGCAACAUUCCUAUUGAUGUGUAUGCUUAUGUGGCUGUAAUUCGUGGAUUUUGUAAUGAGAUGAAAAUGGACCGAGCAGAGGUUGUCUUGGGAGACAUGGAAAAACAAGAGUUGAUUUCUGAUGCGCGUUGCUAUAGUGAAUUGAUUCGUGGAUAUUGCAAGGCUGGGGAUCUUUCGAAAGCCUUGGCACUCCACAAUGACAUGGAAUCAAAAGGUAUCAAAACAAAUUGUGUCAUUGUCAGCACAAUUCUCCAAUACUUUUGUGAGAAGGGAAUGUAUUCCCAAGUGGUGGAAGAAUUUAAAAGAUUUAAGGAUUUAAGAAUUUUUCUAGAUGAGGUUUCAUACAACAUUGUGGUUGAUGCUUUAUGCAAACUAGAGAAAGUGGAUCAAGCUGUAGCAUUGCUGGAUGAAAUGAAGGGUAAGCAAAUGGAUAUGGACAUUAUGCACUACACAACUCUAAUAAAUGGGUAUUGUCACGUAGGAAAGCUGGUUGAUGCAUUUAGGGUAUUUGAGGAAAUGGAAGGAAAGGGUUUGAAGCCAGAUGCUGUCACUUUCAACAUACUUCUUGCUGCCUUUUCUAGGAGAGGCCUUGCAAACGAGGCGCUUAAGCUCUAUGAAUAUAUGAAGUCACAGGAUCUAAAACCUAAUGCUAUUACACACAAUGUGAUGAUUGAAGGUUUAUGUAUUGGAGGCAAAGUGACUGAAGCUGAAGCAUUUUUCUGUAACAUGGAGGAUAAGAGUAUAGAUAAUUAUGGUGCCAUGAUUACUGGGUACUGUGAGGCUAAACAUACUGAAAAGGCCUCUGAACUUUUCUUUAAACUUUCAGAACGGGGUCUUCUAAUGGAUAGAGGUUAUAUCUAUAAGCUACUUGAAAAACUCUGUGAGGAAGGUGAAAAGGAUAGAGCUCUUUGGUUGCUUAAGACAAUGUUGGAUUUGAAUAUGGAACCUAGCAAGGACAUGUAUGGUAAAGUCAUUACUGCUUGUUAUCGGGCUGGAGAUAUGAGAAAUGCAGAGGCAGUUUUCGACAUUUUAUGUAAGAGUGGAUUAACUCCUGACAUUUUUACCUACACAACAAUGAUAAAUGUUUGUUGCAGACAGAAUCGCUUGUCGGAAGCCCGCAAACUUUUCCAGGAUAUGAAGCACAGAGGAAUUAAGCCUGAUCUAGUUACUUUUACUGUUAUGCUGGAUGGACAUUUAAAGAGAGUACAUUCUGAAGCAUUUGCAAGGAAAAGAAAGGAAGUAAAUUUCGCUGCUUCAAAUAUUUGGAGAGAAAUGCAGAAUACAGAAAUCAGACCAGAUGUUAUUUGUUACACAGCUUUGAUUGAUGGGCAUUGUAAGGUAGACAGACUUGAGGAUGCCAUAGGCCUCUAUGAUGAAAUGAUGUAUAGAGGAGUAGAACCCGAUAGAGCAACAUGCACAGCUCUUCUGUCUGGCUGUCGUAACAGGGGAGAUGUUGAUAUGGUACUUACAAAACUGAACCUUAUUAAUCUUACAUCUGUCAAGAAGAUGUAACCAGAUGACCACACUCAAUAAUGGCUGGAUGAAGCUGUGAAAAGUUUCAGUUUCGUAAGUAGACCACAUCCCUUGCCAGAAAUUUGCUCUAGAAAUACAGUCAACUACUGUUUGCAGAACUGAGCCAACAUUCACUCAACCCAGAUCCUACUUCCAUGCUUAAGUUGAGCUUGGAUAGUUUAUCAAGUGUGAUCUUGAAAAUGAGGAUGGAAAUGAACAUGGCUUUGAAAGAGAUAUGAUGUGAUCUGCAAUGACUUCAUAUGGAAAAGGAAGAUCGCUUUGCUUGAAAGAGACCCUGCAAGGUCAAGCUGAGAAUGCGGGAUGUGCAAUUUCUGGGUGGUUUUUUAUUAUUGGAAAGAGAAGUUGAUUUGAACAUUAAAUUAUAGACACUACACUAUGGUAAUGUUAAUACGAGUGGGAGAGUUUGAGAGAUGUUGCUUCGAAGGAAGAAAAGAAGAACAAGAAGAGUUUGCAAAUGGAUUUACUCCUUUAUUGGGAUUGUCAAGUUCUUUGUCAAGGUUCUUAUCCUCUCCUGUCCUGCAUUGCUGCCUUCUUUUUUCUUCUGACUGUCUCUGCUCAGCUGCCGAAUAUUUAUUUCAAAUUGUUCAUGGAGCCCUUCCCCAAUUGUGUUUUGAUCUAAUUCAUCUGUGCCACCUGCUGAAAUCACUGUUCUUGUCCUGGACUAUCUUUACACGAAACUGGAUCAAGUGUCUUGUGCAAGGUGGUGAGGUAGAAGAGUUCUCAUGCUACUCAAUAUGUCUGUGGGGAGUAUGCUACCGUAUAUUCAAUGUCUUGAUUCUUGACAUUUUGAAGGAACUCUUGAUGAUCCUUAUGAAGAGGUGAUUUAGGUUCAAACUUUUUGUCAUACACGAAACUCUAUAUUCUAUAAUGGUUUUAUCGAAUUAGUUUCUUGUGCCAAAAAAUCAUACUCAUUUUAUUUGCAAUCCAUGGAGCAAGAGCUUUUUUAAAUGUAAAUUUCUUUACUGGAGAUCCUAUGAAAGCUUGCCUCCUUAACUCUU